UCAUCAGCUAAAUGUUUGUCUGCAUUUAUUAUUCCCACAGACAUAAUGUGAAGUACUACUGUAGCAUGAUAUUUCUCAAUCUAUACAGUAUUUACAGUAUAUUCCUUUUGCAGUACAGUUUUUUGUGUGUCUGCUUGAAACCAAAUCAGCAAACCCUCACUUCACUAAAGCUGGAAUCACACAAUAUUUGGAUUUUUCUUGAUAAGUGACUUAAGCAAUUAAUCAGUUAUCAAUAUUGUAUGUGAUAUUACUGUGUUAUAUUGGACUAUUUCUUAGGGAUUGGAUUAAAAGAUAAUUUAAUGUUUUGCAGUGGAGUGCCGAUUUUAAAAUGAUUUUAUUUUCGUCAAAAAUGUGUGUACCUAUAGUAAUGCACAAGUUUGCGUUAUCUUUUUUUACAAAUCACAUAUUAACACUGGUCUGUUAGUAUUUAUGUUGAGGUUUGUAACUGUAAAUGCAUCUUUCCACUUGUUUUUACUCAGCUCCUUCAGAUUUAACUGCUCGAUGUGAGUACUGGGCAGCUGGAUACUCUAUCCUUAUUGUCUUUGAUAAACCGGAUGGUUUGUGGACCACUGUGGAGGUGAAUGUGACUGGGGAGACUUACAAGGAGCAUAAUAAUGAGACACAGGAUAUCGAAAUAGCUGGAUUCCAACCUGCAAGAACAUAUGAUGUAUCUUUAGCCUUAAUAUCUGGGAAUGUGAGAAGUCGUAAACCAUAUGUUUUUCAAUGCCCUACUGAUCCAAGGGGAGUCAUUGCAGGGUCAGUGAUUGCUAUCCUGCUUUUUAUAAUUCUGGUCUGUCUGGCUGUCUUCAUUUUGUUUUUAAGACCAGAUAUUAUCAGAAAAAAGACAUUCAUUGAAGGUUCCCGACUCUCUAAUAAAUCCAAAGCUAUUUCUAUUGCAAAGUUUCCAGACCACUUCUAUCACCUAAGUGCAGAUGAAAACAGAGGUUUCAGCGAGGAAUAUGAGAACCUUCUUCCUGUUGGCACGGAGCAGACACGAAAGGUAGCUUUGCUGCCUGAGAACAAAGUGAAGAACCGUUUCAGCAAUGUACUGCCAUAUGACUGGUGUCGAGUGAGGCUAACUACAUCCAAUCCCGAUGGGAUCUCUGACUACAUUAAUGCCAGUUACAUGCCAGGCUACAGCAGCAACCGAGAGUACAUUGCUACUCAGGGUCCUCUGCCCGGUACAGUCAAUGAUUUCUGGAGGAUGAUCUGGGAACAAAGAGUGAGAGGCAUCGUCAUGGUAACCAACUGCACCGAGGGAGGACGGACUAAGUGUGAACAGUACUGGCCUGCAGACGGCGAGACUUGCCUUUACGGAGAGAUGCUGGUCACCACUAGUUCUGAAGAGCAAGAGUCCAACUGGACAUUGAGGGAAUUCAGGGUGAAACAUAAGAACACCUCACAAGAGCGCAUAGUGAAACAUUUCCACUUUACUGCCUGGCCUGACCAUGGAGUCCCACAGGGCACUGGAGUCCUGAUCCAGUUCAGAGAACUGGUCAGACAUUACAUACAGAAAGAGGGGACUGGGGAACCCACUGUGGUUCACUGCAGUGCUGGAGUGGGGAUGACAGGCACCAUUAUUACCUUGGAUGUGCUGCUUCAGCAGCUAGAGCGAGAGAGAGCAGUGGGCAUCAAUGCCUUUGUGCACAAGAUGAGACUGAGUCGACCACACAUGGUGCAGACAGAGUCCCAGUACAUUUUCCUUCACCAAUGCAUCAUGGACCGUCUGCAGCCAGAUGAGAACACUGAAGAUCAUAUAUAUGAGAGUGUGGACGUGAUAUAUGUUAAUGCCACUGCACUCCGAGAGUUUCGUUAAACGGCACAAAUGUCUGAACUAAAAGAGAUUAUCUCUGCACUGAGACAUUUAUGCACUUAAUGAAAAACUAAUUCUAAAGUCUACAUGCUGUUUUGUAUUAUAAAGUGUCUGUAACUGUAAAAGAAAGAUUCAAGUCUUAUAGAUUUACUGUAUAUGUAUAGCAAAUUUAUAUUUUACUUAAUUUAAUGUUUUCCUCUCAUGUACUCAAACUGUAUUAUUGUUAUUAUUAUUAUCCUAUAAGGGAAUAACACUCCAGAUGACCAA